CCUACCCCUUCCUUCCUUCUUUUGCGCCGCUCCUCUAGGCAGAACUGCGAGAGAACGUGAUCGAUCGAAUUUCAAAAAAGGCACACACCUACCCCUGUGCUCCCCGAGUUCACGAAAUUGCUCUAUAUCUCCUGAUUAAAACAUCGGGAGUUAGUGAUUCGUGAUUUUUCAAUAUAGUGUGUGUUUGAGAUUUCACCUAAACGCCCUCGCGGCGAUUACCUAACGAAGAACCCACCUAAUUGAAAAAAAUGUCAGGAAAGGGAGGACUAGCAGAUCCGGUCGCGUUCGCGAAGGACUUCAUCGCCGGUGGUGUGUCCGCCGCCGUCUCCAAGACCGCGGUAGCGCCCAUCGAACGUGUAAAACUGCUCCUGCAGGUGCAGCACGUCAGCAAGCAGAUCGCCGCGGACCAGCGCUACAAGGGUAUCGUCGACGCCUUCAUCCGCAUUCCCAAGGAACAAGGUUUCCUAUCGUUCUGGCGCGGUAACUUCGCCAACGUCAUCAGGUAUUUCCCCACACAAGCGCUCAACUUCGCGUUCAAGGACAAGUACAAGCAGGUGUUCCUCGGUGGAGUCGACAAGAACACGCAGUUCUGGCGCUACUUCGCCGGUAACCUCGCCUCCGGUGGUGCCGCCGGUGCGACCUCUCUCUGCUUCGUGUACCCGCUCGACUUCGCCCGUACCCGUCUCGCCGCCGACGUCGGAAAGGGCGAUGGCCAACGUGAAUUCAGCGGUCUCGGAAACUGCAUCUCGAAAAUCUUCAAAUCCGAUGGCCUUACGGGUCUGUACAGAGGAUUCGGUGUUUCCGUACAAGGUAUCAUCAUCUACCGUGCGGCGUACUUCGGUUUCUACGACACUGCCCGCGGCAUGUUGCCCGACCCCAAGAACACCCCCAUCGUCAUCAGCUGGGCCAUCGCUCAAACCGUCACGACAGUCGCUGGAAUCAUCUCAUAUCCGUUCGACACGGUCCGUAGGCGCAUGAUGAUGCAGUCUGGCCGCGCCAAGGCUGACGUCCUCUACAAGAACACCAUCCACUGCUGGGCUACCAUCGCCAAGACUGAGGGAGGCUCUGCGUUCUUCAAGGGUGCCUUCUCCAACGUACUCAGAGGCACUGGUGGUGCUUUCGUACUUGUCUUAUACGAUGAGAUCAAGAAACUCCUUUAAAUGUAAGAAUUGUUACCAUCAUUUCAAAUGGUGAUUUAAAAUCGCUACAAUAGCCACUCCUUUGAAAUCAUGUAUUAUUAGAUCAAAAAUGCAUCCUAGUAACUUAUUUUUAGUUAAAUAAAGUGUUAUUCGAUGAUUCCAGUU